CGGACCCGAGCUCGCCGUCGCGUUUGCACCCUUGGCAGCUGCAUUGGCACUUUCAGCAGCUGCGUUUGCACCUCUAGCAGCUGCAUUGGCACCCCUAGCAGCUGCAUUGGCACCCUUAGCAGCUGCAUUGGCACCCUUAGCUGCAUUUGCACCUGCCUCGGUGCAGUUGCGCCCGUGUCGGUGCAGUUGCACCUUCAGUAGCUGCAUUCGCACCCGCAGCAGGGCAUUUGCACCCGUAUCGGUGCAGUUGCACCAGCAGCAGGGCAUUUGCACCCGCAGCAGGGCAGUUGCACCGGUAGCAGGGCAUUUGCACCCGUAUCGGUGCAGUUGCACGCGCAGCGGGGCAUUUGCACCCGCAGCAGGGCAGUUGCACCCGUAGCAGGGCAUUUGCACCUCUAGUAGCUGCGUCUGCACCCUUCGCUGCGUUUGCACCCGCAGCGGGGCAUUUGCACCCGUGUCGGUGCAGCUGCACCCGGAGCAGGGCGUUUGCACCUUUAGCUGCAGUUGCACCCUUAGCAGCUGCAGUCGCACCCUCAGCAGCUGCAGUCGCAGCCUUAGCAGCUGCAGUUGCACCCCGAGGAGCCGGUGCCAGCCCCGGGAGGGUGCCGAGGCGGCGGAGAACGGCAGCCGGACGGUCCCGGAACCCAGGAGACGGGCCAUGGCGGAGCCGGACGGGGACCCCCCGGGCGCCCAGUGCAACGUGCUGAGCUGGGAGCAGGUGCAGCGGCUGGACCGGCUGCUGAGCGAGGGCGUGCCCCUGCACGGGCGCGGCAACUUCCCCACCCUGGAGGUGCAGCCCCGCCAGGUGGUGCGGGCGGUGCGGGGCCGGCUGGAGGAGCGGAGCAUCGCCGUCCGGGCCGUGCGGCUCAACGGCUCGGCCGCCAGCCACGUCCUGCACCAGCACAGCGGCCUGGGCUACAAGGACCUCGACCUCAUCUUCUGCGCCGACCUGCGCGGCGAGGCCGAGUUCCAGACCGUCAAGGACGUGGUCCUCGCCUGCCUGCUCGACUUCUUGCCCCCCGGCGUCAACAAGGACAAGAUCACUCCCCUCACCCUCAAGGAAGCCUAUGUGCAGAAGAUGGUGAAAGUGUGCAAUGACUCAGACCGAUGGAGUCUCAUCUCGCUGUCCAACAACAGCGGCAAAAACGUGGAACUGAAAUUCGUGGACUCCCUGCGCCGGCAGUUCGAAUUCAGCGUGGACUCUUUCCAGAUCAAACUGGACUCCCUCCUCCUCUUCUACGAGUGUUCGGAGAACCCGAUGACCGAGACCUUCCACCCGACCAUCAUCGGCGAGAGCGUCUACGGAGAUUUCCAAGAGGCCUUCGCCCACCUGUGCAACAAGGUCAUCGCCACCAGAAACCCGGAAGAGAUCCGAGGCGGCGGGCUUCUCAAGUACUGCAACCUUUUGGUGAGGGGCUUCAGGGCGGCCUCCGAGUCCGAGAUCAAGUCCCUUCAGAGGUAUAUGUGUUCCAGGUUUUUCAUUGACUUCUCAGACAUCGGCGAGCAGCAGCGGAAACUGGAGUCCUACUUGCAGAACCACUUUGUGGGAUUGGAAGACCGCAAGUAUGACUAUCUCAUGACCCUUCACGGGGUGGUGAACGAGAGUACAGUGUGCCUGAUGGGACACGAGAGGAGACAGACGCUCAAUCUCAUCACCAUGCUGGCCAUCCGGGUGCUGGCCGAGCAGAACAUCAUUCCCAAUGUCGCCAAUGUGACCUGCUAUUACCAGCCGGCCCCGUACGUAGCCGAUGCCAACUUUAGCAAUUAUUACAUCGCGCAGGUUCAGCCGGUCUUUACGUGCCAGCAGCAUACCUACUCGACUUGGUUACCCUGCAAUUAGCCCCGUCUCCGGAGCAUCUGGC